AGCAGAACUGCCGUCCAGUCCACGACAGCGCCUACGACGACGACGAUCACAAACCUCUCUUUUUUCUUUUGUACAUGAUUCAAUUGCAUCCGGGCAAUGUACGAGUAGAAAUACUGCCAUCUAAUUUCUGCGCACGGCGCUUUUUUUCUUAUUGAAAUUUGGCCUUCUUUUGGGUUCAAGCUUAAGCUGAUUCUUCCUUCCUCGAGUGUUUGGGCCCGGAAGGAACGAUUGAGUUGAGUUGCAGGAGAUAUGGCGACAUUACUGGAAUUUCCGUUGAGGUUACUCGGGAGCACAUAUGAAUAUGCCAGCUCAAUGUCGCCGCUCGCUCUCCUGCUGUUGCUUGUUGCGACAGCAGUCACGACAUUCAUUUUCCUAUACGCCGCGCUCCUCCUAGUAGCGCCUAUACCACGCCCACCUUUUUCCUCCGAAAAAACAUACAUAACUACCCUACCAAACGGAACACUAAACUCCAGCUCCUCACCACGCCCUCUCCCUUGCUGGCACGAUGACUGGCUCUCCCACCGAAACGAAGCCGAGAACACAGCGGGCGAGAUCCAUAAACAUACCGGCACGAUCGACGACCCGGAAGUGGAGAUGAGCGUUGUGAUACCGGCGUACAACGAAGAAGAAAGACUGGAAAUCAUGCUCGAGGAAGCUAUUGCUUUUCUGGACGCGGAAUAUGGUCGCGAACCUGUGCCGUCGUCUAAGAUAGGGGGGAAGGCGAAUGGAAGCGCAAAAAGCUCUGGGGGUGAGGGGAGGGGAAUGGGGGGAUAUGAGAUUUUGAUCGUUAAUGAUGGGUCGCGAGAUAGGACUAUUGAUGUUGCGCUGAGGGUUUCGCAGAAACAUGGUCUGCAUGAUAUUCUGCGUGUAUGUACGCUGAAACAGAACCGCGGGAAAGGAGGAGCUGUUACGCAUGGAUUUCGACAUGUGAGGGGUGCUUAUGCGGUAUUCGCAGACGCAGAUGGAGCCAGUCGAUUUGAAGACCUACGGAAGCUGGUCGAGGGGUGCAAAGAAGUGGCCGAUAAGAGCGGGCGAGGAAUCAGUGUAGGCAGCAGAGCCCAUUUAGUGGGAAGUGAAGCUGUUGUUAAACGCUCGGCCUUAAGAAACACCCUAAUGCACUCCUUCCACCUGCUCCUCCGCCUCCUGACCCCACCAGCCACCUCCCGCAUCCGCGACACCCAAUGCGGAUUCAAGCUCUUUUCCCGCGCCUCGCUCCCCCAUAUCGUGCCCUACAUGCACGCCGAAGGCUGGAUCUUCGACGUCGAGAUGCUGAUGCUUGCCGAGAGCGCGCCCGCCGGCAUCAUGGUCGCCGAGAUCCCGAUCGGCUGGAAGGAGAUCAGCGGGAGUAAAUUGAAUGUGAUGUGGGAUAGUCUGGGGAUGGCGUGGGGACUGGCGGUGUUGAGGGCCAGCUGGAUGGUGGGUGUUUAUAAACGGCGGUAGCUAGCUGGCGGGAAUGAAAAUGGAAAAUGGGGGCUGGUUGUGUAAAAAAUUGGAUGCGUGCAGGCAUGAAUAGUGGCGUUGGUGGUGUAUAUUACAGUGACAUUGCUGGGUUGCAAGGUCAGAUAUCCUGAAUCCAUGGACCUCUUACAUUCAUCAGGACAUUCAGAGUGAAAUAUGUUCGGCAGAAGCAGGAAUCAUUUGCAUGGCUCCACCAAAGACCAAAGGGCGGAGCGGGGCGGAGUGGAAGGUCAGAUGUGCAACAAAACUAACUUCAAUGUCCGAGAAGAAUUGAGUACUUAGUCGAGGUUCAUGUCAGAUCUGACGGUUGUUCUAAUCUGGGUGCUCUCUGCUAGACAUCCUGAGUAAAAACAAACAUAAUUUGGGAACUAUCUAAAC